AUGAGCAAACAUGGCAACAUCAUGAAACAACAUGUUAAAACAGCAAAUCCAUCUGUGAAUGAAAUUCGUUCAGCAACACACAUCUGGCAAGCAACAGCAAAGCAAAAAUUGAUGGACGAACAAGUUGCUCUAUUGGAGCAUCGUCUUAUAUCGAAACAAUCGUCACCAGCCCACACGCUAGUUGAUCAUAUGAUUGACAACAUUGAUACAAUGUUACAACAAGCAAACGAUGACAUGAAACAAAAUACAUUAUCCACACAUAAUCCGUUUGCGACACUAGUUCAGUACAAAUAUGAUAUUAUUAAUCAAGCUGUUAUCACUAGUGGUAAAAUGGCAGACAACUUUGUGACAAUUGUACUAGACCAAAAGAAAAAGUUAUCUUCGAACCACACGUCCCAAUCUGAUUGGCAUGCCUCCGUGAUCAAGGCCAUCGAAAAUCGUCGCCUACACAUGAUUCACCGUGCUGCAUACAUUGUCAAGCAUAAACUGACGUCAUCUUUCAUUGAAAAUUGA